AUGGAUUCAAUCCAGCUGGACGGCGACGGCCGCGAGCGCGAUCUCCUCUCCAGUAAGAGCAUCGGCUUGAUCAACGCAGUCAUUCAUGGACGCGAAACGGGGCAGGCACGCCGCAUUUUCGAUUCCAUGGAUCGGCGCACCGCGGCGUCGUGGAACUGCGUCAUCGGCGGCUACGCGCGGUGCGGCCAUCGCGCUCCAGUUCUUUCCGCGGCUGCAUGCCGAGGGGUUCGUGGCCGGCGCCCUGGUGGAUUUCUAUGGAAAGUGUGGCAGCGUGCUCUAGAGAUUUUCCUGGCUGCCAAGUUGGGAACAAAGGACGUGGUUUUGUGGAGUGCCAUGAUCAGCGCUUGCUCGCAAGGAGGGGAAGACGAGCUAGCCUUGGAGCUCUUUGAGCUUAUGCUUUUGGAAGAUGGAGUGGAGGCGAAUGCUCGGACUCUGGCGGCCGUGCUUGACGCUUGCACGAAUCUGGGAUGGCUGGACAGGGGCGGAGAGAUUUACUCGAAGUUUGCAAGAACAGGGAUGGGGAUUUCGUCCAGCGUUUUUGUCUCCAACAUGUAUGCAAAGUGGGGCAGAUUGCUGGAUUGCUGGAGCGUUUUCGAUGGGAUGAUAGAGCGGGAUUUGGUCUCAUGGAAUGUUAUGAUCAUGGGAUAUGCAAAAGGUGGCGAGGCCGAGCGAGCUCUCGAGUUAUUCACGGCCAUGCAAGCGUUAGACGUGGUCGUCAGCUCGAGGACUUUGGCGGCCUUUCUCCAGGUGUGCUUGGAUAUGGCCGAGAAGGAAGAGGCUCGGAAGACUCUUGAAAGUGGCGUCGCUGGAGAAGGUAUUGGCUUUUCAUUCCCGGCUGGACAGACAAUCCAUCGUCUGAUCGAAGAAGCUGGGGCCGAGAACUCUCCGGUGGUGGCAAACUCGCUCAUAAGUUUCUACAGCAAGUGUGGUGACAUCGUGGAAUCUCCCCGAGUGUUCGAUGGGUUGGACGUGUCUUGGAGUGCACUGAUCGCAGGAUACAGCCGUCAAGACGCGGUGUUUGGAUGCGCUUGCGGUGGUGGAAAGCCUGCCUGUGGAAGAGGUGUGCUCCAGGAUAUGGAUGGCUUUGCUUGGGGCUUGUUCAAUGUGGUGAUUGGAAAGGUAGCCUUUGGUGCUCUAUCAAAGGUUGACGAUCAAGGUGAUCAGGCUCAAACAAUGAAAACUAUGACAACCUUGAAGUGA